AUGGACGCUAGAACUCUACCUGCUGUCGAAAAGCUUGACAAUGCAUACAUCGAAGAUGCCUCGAAAACAGUCACAAAUGGACAACAAGAAGUGGUCAUCCGGGAGUUUGAUCCCAAGUUCAUGAAAAAGACCAUGCUCAAGUUGGAUUUGAUCGUUAUGCCUCUGUUGACGCUGAUCUACCUUGCCUCCUCGUUGGACAAAUCCAACCUGGGUAACGCAAAGGCACUUGGCAUGAUGAAAGAUAUCGGCCACGAUCCCAAUGGCGAUACCUACGCGUUGCUCAAUUCACUCUACUACGUGUCCUAUGCCCCAUUCAUGGUACCUUUCGCUCUGCUCGGCAAGCGUACGCGUAUGGUUUCGGUUCUCACUUUCUGUGCUCUUCUUUGGGGCAUUGCCGCAACGAGUUUCGCUGCUGUACAAAACUACUCGGGCGCCUUCGCAUGUCGAUUCUUCAUUGGUCUUGGAGAGGCUGGAUUUUCCCCUCUCAUUCAGGUCUUCCUGUCACGCUUCUACGCAAGAGAGAAGUUGGGAACUCGCGUUGCUGUCUGGUUGGCAAUGGCUCCUCUAGGUGGUUUCGUCAACGGUAUCGUCGCAUAUGGUGUUUCAUUCAUCCACGGUUCGCUCGAAUCAUGGCGCAUCCUCUUCUUGAUUGAGGGAGGUGCCACAGUACUGGUAUCCAUCAUCGCAAUCAUUGUGUUGCCAGAUGAUAUCGCAUCUUGCAAGUGGUUCACAGCUGAAGAGAAAGACUAUCUGAUGUACGAGCGCUUCAUGAGCAUGGGUCCAGAGGUCAAGGAGAUCAACUGGAAGCAAGCACGCGGUGCCUUGUACCGUUGGCCACAGGUCAUGCCUAUGCUCAUGAACAUGUGUCAGCAAAUUACAGGAGCUGCUCUCAGUGCCUAUCUUCCUACUCUCCUCAGCGAGAACGGUUUCAAAGGUGCCACAGCACAGAUCGCUACACUGGCACCCUAUGGAUCCGCCGCCAUUUGCAUGAUCAUCGCAGCAAAGAUCUCUGACAGAUUCGGUAAUCGUGGCUGGCCUACUCAAUUCGGUUGGAUGCUCCUGAUUAUCGGCUUUGCGACUUUCCUUGGUGCUCCCACCCACAACAAGGCUGCCCACUUUGCAGCUUUGAUCCUUGCCGAAACUGGCCACUACAUCUGCACUCCUUUGAUCGUUACUUGGUCAGCCAACAACGCUGGUAGCGAAUCUCGUCGUGCCGUCGCCGUUCCUCUUGCUGUCGCUACUGCUCAGGCUGUCGCUAUCGGCUCCGGAUAUCUCUUCCCCAAGUCGGAAGGCCCCCGCUACACAAGAGGAGCAGCUGUCGAAGUUGCACUCUCUUGCGUCGGAAUGAUUUUCACGUUCAUCUACAUGGGCUUGAUCAAGUGGGAGAACAAGCGCCGCGACAACAGGGAGGGAGGACCGCCAGCACCUGGAACUCGUCCAGACACUGCACAGUUCGCAGACGAGGCCGAAGGAUUCCGAUACCUUGGUUGA